AUGCCGGGCCAAGGCAUCGAUGCAACUGAUGACUGGUUCAAUGAGGGUGGGCGCAGUCCUGCCAAUCUUUGCAAAGCUCUGGAGGCAAACUUCAACAAUGUCAGCGCUGUCAGCAAGGUCAGCAAUGUGAGCAUGACCAGCAGUGCCAGUAACGCGAGCCAAACAGAAGGCUCGGACAUAGAGUCGAGUCUGUCGAGUCUGACAGCGACGCCGAACGAGAAAGCAGCCACGGAAGCUGUGGAAGGCUCUUCUCCUGAAUCGGAGACGGGACCAUCUUCAAGUAGCAGCGGCAAAGGAGACAAGGGAAAGUCGCUGGCGCCUGGAAAAGGCAAAGGCAACAAGGGCAGCCCUCCCAAUCUUUGCGAAGCUCUUGAGGUGAAUGUCAGCCCUGUCAGCAAUGUUAGCAACGUGAGCAUGGCAAGCAAUGUCAGCAACGCGAGCCAAACAGAAGGCUCGGACGUCGAGUCGAGUCUGUCGAGUCUGAGUGCAUCACCCAACGAGAAAGAAGCCACGCAAGCUGUGGAAUGCUCUUCUCCUGAAUCGGAGACGGGACCAUCCUCAAUUGGCAGCGGCAAAGGAGACAAGGGCAAGCUGCUAGCGCCUGGAAAGGGCAAAGGCAACAAGGGCCCUAAGGGCAUGAAAGGCAAAGGUGGCAAGGCUCCGCCUGCAGGUAAGCAAGGCGUGGAAGCGGCUGAAACUGAGGCAAAGUCUUCCGAGCCACAGGCUGAGGAGAAGGAGAAGGCAGAGAAGCCGGAGAAGGACGGGCAGGAGGAAGACAAGCCCGAGGGCAAGACGGAGGAGAAGACGGAGACGGCCACCAAGGGCAAGGGUCCUGGCAAGGGACCGCCUGCAAAAGGUGCUGGCAAAGGACCCGGAAAAGGACCCCCUGGAAAGGGCAAAGCUCCCCCUCCCAAGGGUGGAGGUAAGGCUGCUCCAAAGUCAAAGGCUGCAGCAACACCUCCGCGGUAUGUGGGCCAGACGCCCCUGGGACGACGUCUGCACUGGGCAGGUGCUCACUACGACGUACCUUCAGAAAAUUCAGUCUUUCAUGGUCUCACAUCUGACGUGCGUUUCGACCCCGAGUUGCUCAAGGCCAUGCUCUCUGGUGAGUCAGCAGAGAAGCCGCUGGUGAUCGGGAGGCGAAAGUCCAUAACAAAGAAAGCAGGCAUCAGUCUGUUGGACGGAUCGCGAGCACAGAACCUUGCCAUUGUCAUGAGCAAGAUGAAGGUGUCAACCGAGGAGUUCUGCCAGAGCCUCAAAGAUCUGAACUUCAGUGAGGACUUCAUCAAUGUAGAGGAUGUGGAGUUGCUCAUCCCUGCACUGCCGACACCGGAAGAGAUCAAGAAGCUGCUGGAAUACAAGGAUCGUGUCGCAGAUCUCCGCGACGUGGAGGCGAACGCCAUGCCGUUCUGCACGCUUCCAAAGGGAGCUGCUCGCAUGAAGGUCGCCAAGUUUGCAUUGUCGCACCAAUCGCAGUUCAACACCAUCAAGAACAGAUGCGAGGUGCUGAUGUCUGCUGCAGAGCAGGCGCGUUCCAGCCAGAAGUUCAAGGAACUUCUCGACCUGGUAAUUCGUGUUGGGAAUUUCAUCAACCACGGCGUGGAUGAGUUUGUCGACGGCACCAUCCGCGGCGUGAGCGUCGAUUCUCUUUUGACAUUGGCCUCCUUCAAGACGGGGGCUGUUUCAUCACUUCAUUUUCUUUGCCUCUCCCUGGGGGCCACCGACCCCGACUUUUACCAGGCGCUUAAGGCGUCGCUGUCCAGCGUGCACGAGGCCUCCAAAGAAAAGGCCGCGGUGCUGAAGGGUUCCAUCGAGGCUUUUGGCAAGGAUGCUGAAACUGCGGAAAAGCAGUUGAGCGCUCUCCUGGUGCCCAACGAGGAGCAGGAGGUGGCCAUGAACAGUAGUAGAGCUUGUUCAGUGUCUAGGGCUCCGCUCCAAUUUGCGGCCAGUCCAGUGUAG